AAUUACUCAAGAAGCUUGUUGCACAGCAUGCUUAUUGUCAAAGCUGCGGUUUUUUGACCCUCUCACAAAUGUAUAUGUUUCACAGGAAGUAAGUAUUCAAAUAACAAGUAUUCAAAUAUUUUAGGCUAUAAUGAGGAAGUUUUUCAAUAGAGGAUCAAAGAAAUUUGAGUUUUUGCCCUUCCUGCAUUCGGUAGCAGGUACACAAAUGUGGUUUUCAUUUGAUUAUCUAGAUCUGUUAUUUCAAAGGGAAAUAUUAUAAUGAGAAAUGUAAUAUGCUUUAACACACACAGGGUGUCAUUUCCAUGAAUGCUGCACCAUCAUGCUGUUCAUACUCCUUGCUGGCUUAGGGCUUUUGUCCUUCACUUCAAGCCAUAUAUCUCACCAGUAUCACUUCAUAAAUAUCAGAAAGAACUGGACUGAGGCUCAGAGGUUUUGCCGUGAGAUGUACACUGACCUGGCUCCUGUGAAAAAUGCAAAAGAGUUGAAUGACUUGCUCAAAACGAUAACUGAUGGUUCAUAUGAUGUGUAUAUUGGACUUUAUAGAAGUGAUGUAUUUAAAUGGCACUGGACCCUGUCAGACGGUUUCUACAAUGGAGAGAUAUUCAAAAACAGAAAAAAUGUACCUUAUAAUGGGGGGUGUGCUGCAAUGGACAACAAUUGGAAAUGGUUUAAUGAUGACUGUGACUCAAAAAAAAAAUUUGUAUGCUUUAAUGCCAGUACAAAGUAUAUCCUGAUUGAGGAGAACAAAUCCUGGAGGGAGGCCCAAGAAUAUUGCAGAACCUUCCACACAGAUUUAGCCAAUGUCAGAACCUGCGCAAAAAAUAAUGUCAGUGACGUAUGGAUUGGACUAUUUAAAGACUUCUGGUCAUGGUCAGAUCAGAGCAACAUUUCAUUUCGUUUCUGGAAUUUCAGCCUGCUGAAACCCAUGGACAGACACCAUAACUGUACUGUAGUGAUGGUGAACCAAACAGGGAGAUGGAAUGACGUCCAAUGUAACACCACUCUGCCCUUCAUCUGCCAUGGUGAUCUUAAACCAACCACUAAACCAGCACCAACAACCAGACAGAAUCCAAGUACAUCUCUCAAAUCAACAACUCAGUACAGACUAUUUCAAAACACAACCGAGGUGGAAAAUACAAGAAGUCAGACAACACAAACAGAGCAAGAUAACCUGAUUCUGGUCCGUGAGAACCUGACAUGGACCGAAGCUGCGAGUUACUGCAGAAAGCACCACGUGGACCUGGUCUCCAUUCACAGUGAGGAGCUUCAGAACAGGACAGCGAGAAAAGCUACCCAGGCCUCCACUUCUCAUGUAUGGCUGGGUCUCCGUUACACCUGCACCUUCGACUUCUGGUUCUGGAUAAAGAACAGAGAAGCGGGCUGCUACAAGAAUUGGGCGCCUGGUCAUGGGCCACAUGGUUAUGAGGACUGUGGGCUGUCAGGAGCUAUGGAGUCCACUGGAGGGUACCGUUGGGUCGGGAGGCCAGAGAGUGAAAGACUCAAUUUCAUCUGCCAAAUAUGUACUGAUGUGUUUUAACCACAAAAAGAGGAGAGACUGAAUGACAGAAAGACAUAUUUGU